AUGAGCGUGUUCUGCCAGUCACCAGUCCCCAGCAACUCCACCGAGGCCCUGGACAGCCUUUGUCACCUGGAGCUGGUUAACACUGCCGUGUCCUCCUGCCACGCCUACAUCACCGUGCUCAUCCUCCUCUACCUGAGGUGCUCCAAGAGAAGAGAUGACCAAAGUGGUACUCGGAAGUUCGUCUGUCAUUCGCUGCGGGCGCUGCUGUCUCUUCUGCUCCUGCUGACCCACCUGACAGAGAUAUCGGCAGCCCUCCUAGGGUCUCAGGGGCUGUUGUCUUCCUGCGCUGCUCUGCUAGCUUGGGCAGCCGCCCAACUGCUCUACUGGAGGGCAGAAGCUGACCGGGAUCCUAGGUACCUUCUGGUGACCCUUGUCUUCUGGUUGGCCUGUGGGCUCGCCCGCGCCGCUUCCCUCUUCAGUGCUUUGGACGCCCACCUCGGAAUCCAACAUGUCGCUCCUAUCACUGCCGCAGCCGCUAGUUCCCUUUGCUACGCCCUAGUUGUGGUUGACGUCGUCUCGCUUGUCUUUGAGUUGAAGGUAUGGCGGGAGACCCGAUCUGGAAGUGUCAUCCAAAACGAAAGCUACCGCCAUCACGAGGCGUGUUGGUACUCGCGCAUCACCUUCUACUGGCUUACCCCACUCCUGCGACUAGGAUACCGUCGUCCGCUGGAGAUGGAGGAUCUUGGACAACUACCGGAGAGAGAGACAGCAGCCACGCAGUUCCAGCUAUUCAACAACAUUUACCAGAGAGAGAAGGUCUGUGGUGGGUGUAUCUUCGCUGCUACUGGACGAACUUUGCUCUGGGAGGGCUGCUCAAGCUACUGGGAGACUGUGUGGGGUUUGGUCCCACCUCUGGGAAUAUCCGUAGUCAUACAGUAUGUCUCCACCCGUCACACACUAACACAUCCAGAGUUUGAGGCUGUGAAGGUGGCAGAACUGCUCAGUAAUGGCUGUGUGGUGGCAGGACUGGUUCUCCUCAGUUCAGUCGCUCAGGGCAGUCUUUCCCAGGCUACCACCCACGUCAUAAAUGUCGAGGGCAUCCGACUCAAAACUGCCUUGCAGGCGCUUGUGUACAGUAAAGCCUUGCGACUGAGGAUGUCAGUUAAGGAGGAAGAUUCCACUCAAGAAGGCAGUUCAGGCAACCUAACAAACUUAAUGUCUGAGGACACUUUCAACAUCAUGUCCUGUUACUGGAUUGGUCACUACGUCUGGGCCAUUCCUCUGAAGAUAGCAGUUCUGAUGUACCUGUUGUACUGCAAGCUGGGAGUCAGUGCUCUGAUUGGAGCUGCUUGUUGUAUCUUGUUGCUGACUCCGUUGCAAUUCCUCAUCGGCAAGCAGAUGUCUUCUAACUCAAAGCACAUUUCUGAAUGGAGUGAUGAAAGACUUCGACAAACAAAUGAAGUACUGCAGGGUGUUCGACUGAUCAAACUCUGCGGGUGGGAGACAGAGUUUGCCAACAGAAUCCUGCGCACACGCAGGACAGAACUGAAAUAUCUGGAUAAGGACUCUCUUUAUUGGGGACUGAUGACAUUCCUCACUCACGCUUCUUCAGCACUGAUCACACUGGUCACCUUGGCAGCUUUCUAUAUUUUGGAAGGUUCUGACCUUUCUCCAGCAAAUGUUUUCACCGGACUGGCUCUCUUCAAUCAGCUGACAGUGCCUCUGUUCAUCUUUCCCAUCACAGUCCCCAUCAUAAUCUCAGCUUUGGUAAGCACAAGAAGAUUGGAAGAUUUCCUGAAUUUGCCUGAGACACACAACGUGAUUCCAGUCAAUGAGCCAGAAGUUGUCAUAAAACCUGAAAUCAAACCGGAACCUGACAUCGUUGAAACCAAUAGGCCUAGCAGAGCGGAUAGUGUGUUCGGCCUAGGUAACAUCACAGAGCUGGAAGAACCGGAGGAUGAUUGUGAUGACGAUGAAGAGGAAGGAGAAGUGGGGUCGAGGCUGGGGAUGGGAGGAGACAUGUUUGUACCUGCUGUCACCAUUGAUGCUGCUACCUUCAGUUGGACAGGCAGUGAUGAUCCUUCACUCAUUGUGCCUAACUUGCAAAUACCUACAGGAAAACUGACUAUGGUGGUUGGAAACACAGGGAGUGGGAAAAGUUCCCUGUUGUCAGCCAUGUUGGGGGAGAUGCCCUGCAUCCGCGGAGUUGUCAAGUGGACAAAAGGUACCAGUAUCGCCUAUGUAUCGCAGAAGCCAUGGUUGCUGAAUGGCAGCGUCCGUGACAACAUUCUAUUUGGCCGGCCGUACAGUGGUCGCCGCUACUCCCGUGUGGUCAGCGCCACUGCUUUACAGCCUGACAUAGACAUACUGCCUGGUCGUGACAUGACGGACAUUGGUGAGCGUGGCAUCAACCUGUCUGGCGGCCAGAGGCAGCGAGUCACCAUUGCUCGUGCACUCUACUCCCGUGCCUCUGUCAUUAUACUGGACGAUCCAUUAUCAGCCUUGGACCACCAAGUGGCCCUGCAUGUGUUUGAGGAAGGCAUCAAGAAGAUGGUAUCCAGACAGAAGUGCACCGUGAUCAUGGUCACUCACAAUAUCCAGCUGACAUCUCACGCUCAUCAGGUAAUAUUAAUGGAAAAGGGGCGAGUGAAGGCAUGUGGGUCACCUACUGAGGUAGUACGUACAAAUGUGAGCGUGUUUAUACAUGCUCUAGAUGAGACACAGCGUGGUCGCACUGCAAGGGAACGAUGGCAGCUCGUCAAACUUGUCUCACGCAUCGGUUUGCAACUGAAACAGCGAAACCUGGCAGAUGGUACAUGGCGAGCUGACCAUAUUACUCCGUCGAUAUUUGUUCCAUUCAAAAGGAGGCUGAGCAAGUUCUCUGGAUCACGCUACUUCACCCAUGACCUACCAUUGCCCACUGACGAGUGUGAGGGAGGUGAAGUAGUGGAGCGGAGGCUAAGAGCAGCAUCCACCGCAUCUCUACCUCCACUGCGCCAUCGCCAAGUUGGACGGACCACCUCGCUGCAGUCAGGUGCGACACCACCUCUUUACCCUGUCACACGACAAGCCUCCUCACCCACUAUCAGGCCAAAGACCUUUUCAUUUGAACAGACAACGAGUACUGGCUGUGGUGAGAGAAAUGCAAGUAUCUCUGGCAGUGGCCUGCUGAGACAGAUAUUUUCAAUGUCAACUCAAAGAAACCUCUCAUCACUACCAGACCCUACUGUCAGAGAACAUAGUGUCUUGCGUCGACUGAUAUCCACUUCUUCUGUCAGGUCAGUAUCAGAGACAGAUCGCCCACAACUACAUCGUCUUGCAUCUACAACGUCAGAUUGUAGUGACGACUUUGCUGACGAUGAUGAUGCAAUGGAGAGUGCAGAAUGGGGUACAUCACAGUCUCAGGAGGAGAGGGAGUACGGGGAGAUAGAGAGAGUGAUCUACUUGAGGUACCUGAGAGCUUGUGGGGUGAUGCUGGGGCUGGGUUACCUGGCGACUACAGUGUCCUGGCAGGGGCUGCGAGUUGUCACAGACUACUGGCUCUCCUUGUGGACAGAGGACAGGCGCAGUCAAGUGUCCAAGGCUCUCUAUUACCUGACAGUGUAUGGGGUGCUAUCUGUAGCUUCCAUCGUCCUAUCCCUCAUCACCAAUGGUCUAGGCCAGUACUGUGGUGCCAAGGCCAGGCGGAGACUCCAUGACACCAUGCUCAGAACCCUUCUCAACUGUCCAGUCAGGUUCUUCGAGACCACACCCCUUGGCAGGAUCAUGAACAGGUUCUCUACAGACCUUGGGAUCAUCGAUAAGAAAAUAGCAACAUCACUUCAAAGACUGCUUCAGUUCCUGCUGUUAUGUUUCUCAGCAGUCCUUGUCAACUGUAUAGUGACUCCUUGGUUCAUAGCACUAGCAGCACCUAUUUGCCUGGUCUACUACAUGGUGCAGAAAUUCUACAGGUGUUCUACCAGAGAGCUCCAGCGGCUAGACAGUAUGUCCAGAUCCCCCAUCCUGUCCCACUUCUCUGAGACACUCUCCGGACUGGAGACAAUACGAGCAUUUGGGCAGCAGCAACGUUUCACCACAGCACUCUUCCACAAGCUGGACACUCAUACCAACGCCUUCUUGAUUAUUAACUCCUGCAACCGCUGGCUUGGUAUUGCUCUGGACUACUUGGGUGGCCUGAUAGUCUUUGUCGCUAUGGUGGUGUCGCUGGUGUCUGCAGCAUUAUGGCCAGAACUGGUCAGCCCCUCACUGGUUGGUUUGGCGAUCAAUUACACUCUACUGGUUCCUAUAUACCUCAACUGGGUGGUUAAGUUCCUAGCUGACAUGGAAAUGUAUAUGGGUUCUGUUGAGAGAGUCACUCAGUACGCCAGUGCACCCAGUGAGGACUACCGACUUUGCGGUUAUGUGCCUCCUCUCUGGCCAAAAAAUGGAGACAUCAAGUUUCAGAAAGUCACUCUCCAAUAUGAUACAAACCGAGAGCCAGUUAUAGUCAAUCUUGAUUUACACAUUCCUGCUGGACAGAAGAUCGGGAUCUGCGGUCGCACAGGUAGUGGCAAGUCCUCCCUGGUGAUGUCUCUGUUCAACAUGGUGUCUGUGAGCGAGGGCAAGAUACUGAUCGAUGAUGUUGACAUCACAACGAUUCCGCUGAAGAUCAUGAGGUCAAGACUGUCUGUGAUUCCUCAGGAUGUCAUUAUGUUCAGUGGCACCAUUAGAGAGAACUUAGAUCUGAGAGGUGAAUUUUCUGACACAGACCUUUGGGAGUGUCUAGAAAUAGCUCAGAUGAAAGAAGUGGUAGCUACACAACUCGGAGGUUUAGAUGGACAGGUGCGAGAGGGAGGGGAAAACCUGAGUUGUGGACAACGGCAGCUGCUGUGCCUUGCUCGUGCGAUAUUACACCGCGCUGCUCUCCUUGUCAUGGAUGAGGCCACUAGUUCACUGGACUCAGUCACUGAGCAGAAGCUGCUACAAGUGGCAGCUCAAGCGUUUGCUAAUAGGACGGUCAUCACUAUUGCUCACAGACUAUCCAGUCUGCUCAGCUGUGAUCGUGUGUUGGUCCUGGAUUCUGGUCGGGUGGUGGAAGAUGGAAGCCCAUCACAACUUCUUGCACAAAAGUUGGGCAUUUUUUCCUCCAUGUUGCGAGCAGGACAGGAUUCAACGUGACAUACUUGUAAAUAAUAUUUCUAGUCAUCCUCUUGAAAGAUUUUUUUAUUAAGAAUAAGGUGUACUAUUUUAUAACCACAUUGUGAUUUGUAGACAUUAAUUUUUCAUGAAACAGCUGUUAAGUUAGACUUUAUAAUACACUGUUUAUAUAAAACUUUUUUAAGCCUUUUAUAAGGACACAAUGCUGCAACAAUUUAAAAUACUAGUAUGUCCCUUUAAUACACUUUGGAGUGAUUGUGUAUUAUAUCUGUACUUUGAAAAACAUGUGUAACAGCCAUUUAAAAUGGGACGACAGUGAUAUCUUAUUUUGACAAAUGUAUUUUAAUAGUUUCUAUUAAGAUUUGCUGAUAACAAAUAAAUAGAAACAGAAUAAAUCGAUUUAACGCUUUAGAGACGCCAGCAACGGAUACAGGCAACACAUUUCUCUACUGAAAUUGAGAUCAUUUGUUUGUUGUGACAUAUUACACUAUUAUUUUAUCUACUAAAAGAAAACAGAUGUACCUCGUAGACUGAGUUAUGUCAGAUUAUUUGUGUAAUUGUUCAUUAUUCAAAAAUAAAAACACCAUUUUAUUUAUAUAAUUUAUGUAUUAAUAAUGCACAUAAACUGAUGUGUUGAUAGAAAUGUAACCUUUUGAGUUCUUAGUUUUAGAAAUUAAAUAACAAUGCAAACAGGAAAUAAUAUUUUAAGUUUGUUUUGGUUUGGCACAGUUUUUUGUUAUUUUAAAUAAAAAAAUUAAAUAUCAAUCUAAAUGGAAAUACAGUUCAAUUUUUUUAUACUUUGUAAUAGUAUUGAUAUUAAUUAUUGCUAUACUAUAAAUACAAUUAGGAGACAUCAGUGUAUUUUUCCUGAGACAUUAUAUUUUUUUGAAUUUUUAGCUUAUACAAACAAUUGCAACAAAUAUCUCAGUUUGGAAAAUGGGUUACAAGAAUGUGAUAAUCACAGACCUUUUACCAUUCCCAAAAUGAUACCAACUGUUGAGAACAAAAAAUACCUGCCUUGUGAACAGACUCCAGUUAAAACUAGUAAAAACUAAAUCUAGAUAUUUUCAAUUGUUACAUUUAUAUGUUAUAUAGUGUGGAUAUAGUCCCUACAGCCUAUAAUAAGAGAUGGUACAAAAAAUGUUUAAAUACUGACAAACUCCUAGGGCCAUAGUCCUGAGAACUUGUAAGGAAGUAACAACUGCAUAAAAUCAUGUAUUAAAAACGGUUGUAUUUAUUUUCACUAAUAUAAAAUCUAGUAAAGGAAAUGAAAAUUUUUUACAACAAAUUUUGUAAUUUUAUUAACAAGAGCAUUCCUUAUUCUUAAACUAAUGCUAACUGGUGUACCUUAACAUUACUUUACUUUGCUGUUACUUUACUUUUUUAACUGGUGUACCUUAACUCUGUUUUAUUCUGUGAUGUAAGUUGUUUAUUUAUUUACUUAUUUGUAUUUGUAUUUUCUUAUUUAAGCACUUUGGUAAUGUUCACUGUAAAUAUGUACAAUAAUUUUGUGAUGUUAUCUCUGAGAAUAUUCAAAACCUAGCAUUAAAAAAAAUGUACAACAAUGAUAUUAUUGCUAAUAAAUUAUUUUACCACGUGUGAACCUA